AUGAAGAGAUGGCGAAGCUGGCAAAAAAACGGUCUUCUUCCUCAUAGAGAGAUGUUGUUCUUAGGGAUUCACACGGACUCGCUCAAGUGCGCCGUGUCACCGGAAACAGAACCUUCAGAAUUCUCAAAGCUAAGGCCAUGGCACCUGUGA